UGAGCUCACCGCUAAGCGCACGACCUACAAGAGAAAAGAUUAUACAAGGAAAUCACCGUCGUUUUCUCUUCCUUUCUUCCAUCGAAACUCAGGCUGCGGUGCGGCGGUGCCUCCCCCCGAAAGCCCUCCACGGCUUCGCCUCCAACAAGCAGGACUUCCAUGGGCUGCGCAGGAUCCACCCCCAAGGGCAGCCCCGAAGGCGAAGCUACAAAGAAAGUGAGGAAGCCUAAGCCCUGGAAGCACCCCCAGCCUAUUACAAUUGGCCAGCUCAGGCAGAUGCGUGAUGAGUUUUGGGACACAGCUCCUCACUAUGGUGGUCAGAAAGAAAUUUGGGAUGCCCUUCGUGCUGCAGCAGAGGCUGAUGUAUCCCUUGCACAGGCAAUUGUGGAAAGUGCAGGUGUAAUUGUUUCAAAUGCUGACCUGACUCUCUGCUAUGAUGAGAGAGGUGCAAAAUAUGAACUGCCCAAGUAUGUUUUAAGUGAACCAACCAACCUGGUGCAAGACAGCUGAAGGGCAGCCUUACAGAGACCUGUUUCAUGUAAAAAACUGUAAAUCACUUCAGAUGCUAAAAACAAUGCCUUUGCUCGAGUAUCCUGGUAACAGGAGCAUGCUUGAUUAAAGAUCUUAAGCAUGCUUCUGGUAACUGUCAGCCUACAUUCCUCCCCCUUAUCGUUAGCAUACAAUGUUCUCUUCUAUCGUGACUGUCUUCCUAUGAGUUAGUUAAAGCUUUUUAUAGCAUCCUCUCUAUUGAUCCUACUGUAAACAUGAGCCUGCUUAGAAAUCUUUGGUAUGGGUUAGAAAUUUCAGAUUGGUGUUUUCAUGUUUCGUUACCAUGAUACAAGUUGGAAGUAUGGCAUACAGUUCAGAAACAAUUAUGUGACACUUACAAUGGUAUCUGUUUCGUUGCCUUCGAAGCAUCAAUCAAAUUGGGCAUUUUACUGUUUGUUUCAA